GCGCUGUUUGACCCGGAAGUGAUUACACGCAGUUGGCAUCUGGGUUUUCAUUUUAAAAAUGGCGACCGACAAAGGUUAUGUGUUUAUAUGUGUUAGCCUGAUGCUUGCGUUGCUUUGUACGCCGGCUCUGUCUCGGCUCCAUCACCUGGAGCUUAAGGAUGAUGUCCGUCAGAGGGUUCAUCUCAACACAUUCGGCUUCUAUAAGAACGGCUACAUGAGUGUGAAGAUGAACAGCCUGAGUGUGAGCGGAGCUCCAAUCAACAACAUCGACAGCUCCACAAUCGGUUUCAGUUUGGAUCGCACAAGCAGUAACGGCUUCUCUACUUAUCUGGACGAUGGCUUAGACUACUGUGUGCUGAAAAAGGUGCCCAGCAGUGAUUUUGCGGUGGUUCUCCUCCUGCUGGACUUCAGAAACAACCUUGUGAGGAUGAAGACGUCUGCAGAGGAGGGAAUGUUUCCUCACAUCGUUUCUGUGGUGCCAGAGACUGGAGCAGACGAACAGAAGUCCAAAGAGAAACCUCAGUCUGCUGCUGAGUCUAAAUCCAAGCGGGACGUGACUGAGAAUAAAGCUGAUGUCUCGUAUCCCCUGCAGGGCAAAGACAAUAAGUACUCCUUACAGUUUUACUUCAAUGUAACGACGGAGGAGCAGCAAGGCCUCUACAACUUCUACUUCCACAACUGCUUCUCCUCCACUGCUGCCAACCAGGAUGUGUCUUUACCGAACACACUCACUUUCAGCAUCGACAUCAACAUCGAGGAGAAGAAUCCGGACAGCUUCCUGUCUGCUGGAGAGAUUCCUCUCCCCAAACUCUACAUCUGCAUGUCUGUGUUCUUCCUUCUCAUCGGGAUACUCUGGGUCCAUGUUCUCCGCACGCGAAGAGCCGAUGUGUACAAAAUCCACUGGCUCAUGGCAGCUCUUCCAUUCACCAAGUCUCUCUCGCUCAUUUUCCAUGCUAUUGAUUACUACUACAUCUCCAACCAAGGCUUUCCUAUUGAGGGCUGGGCCGUGGUCUACUACAUCACACACCUGCUGAAGGGGGCACUGCUGUUCAUCACUAUAGCUUUGAUAGGGACUGGCUGGGCCUUCGUCAAACACAUCCUCUCAGACAAGGACAAAAAGAUCUUCAUGAUCGUCAUCCCGCUACAGGUCCUGGCAAACGUGGCGUACAUCAUCAUCGAGUCGACAGAGGAAGGCUCCAGCGAGUAUGGAUUAUGGAUGGAGAUCCUGUUCCUGGUGGACCUGCUGUGCUGUGGAGCUAUCCUCUUCCCUGUUGUCUGGUCUAUCCGGCAUUUACAAGAGGCAUCAGCAACUGAUGGGAAAGCUGCCAUCAAUCUGGCUCAGCUGAAGCUUUUCCGGCACUACUAUGUGAUGAUCGUGUGCUAUAUUUAUUUCACCCGCAUCAUCGCCAUCCUCAUCAAGGUCAUCGUGCCCUUCCAGUGGAAAUGGCUCUAUCAGCUGCUGGACGAACUGGCCACUCUGACCUUCUUCGUCCUGACUGGCCACAAGUUCCGUCCAGCUUCUUCCAAUCCCUACCUGCUGCUGUCUGUGGAGGACGAGGAGGACAUGGAGAUGGACGAUGUGGUUACUACAUCUACAGCCAUGGGGGAAGGUGUGAAAAAGGUGAAGAAGGUGUCAAAUGGCCCAUCAGAGGAGCGGGAGAGCAUGGCAUGAUGGGAAAUGUAGUUCUUCAGGGACGUGUCUGGACUUCAUGGCGGGCAUUUUAACCUUCGCUUGUGGAGGACAUGGUGAAAAUUCCCACUGGAUGCGCUCAUGCUGGGACGUGGUGUAAUAUCUCUGGAAAUGUUCUACAGACAGUAUAAAGACUCACUAACCUCCCUUUCUCAGUAGUUCUAAUGGAAAAUGCUUGGUGCUGUGCUUUGUCUUCAGUUGAUGCAGGUUGUUUUGCUUUUAUUUAUUUAUGAUUGUUUUUUUAUUGAUGGUCUCUUGAUGGCAUUUUUUUUUUCUUCUGGCACUUUAGCCAACACACUCCAAGCAAAUCCUAGGUCACUGUCGUGUCACUAUGCAGAUUCCUCGGUACUCCAGAGCCUCGAGUUUACUUACAGGUCUUACGAAUUUGAGUUUCUUUUCUUUUGGCUGAAAGUGGCGUAAAAGAUAGGCUGUAUCUCCUGUAUAAAUGUACAGAUCUGAGACAAUUGUACAGACACAAGAUUUCCUACCUUAAAGGAUGAACCUUGACUUUGUCAUGUUUUCAGUGGCCGUUUUUAUUUCAGGUUUAUUUGGACAUUGAUAAUGUUAUAUGGGGGAAUCUAAACGUUUCAUAUGUGGAUAUUGCAAAUGAAUACACUGGGCUGUAUCUUUUAAAAGUACCAAUAAUUUUAAUAAUGUUUGAAAUCAUGAAUCUUAAGUUAUCAUCAGUAUCAGUUAUGAACGUGUUUUAUUUUAAUGCUUAAAUAUUUGGCUUAUUUUCAGAAACCUGUCGGCUAGAUAAAGUGGUGAUAUAUUCUCAGUAUUAAAUUGUGCAAUAGUUUGAUUUUUGUUGAAUUGUGUCUACAUUUGUUAAUCUGAAAUUGAAAGAUUAAUGGGUGUUUUUCCGAUCUGUGUGAUGGCGAGCAGAUAUCAGGGACAAAAGUCUAAUCAAUCAGUCGUCUCUGCGCAUUUUCUAAAACGCAGAGUAGUUGAGGAGCGUCAUUAUAUUCAUUUUCAUGUCACACUGAAAGAUUCAGGAUGACACAAAUGGAUGCUCUCCAACACCCACAUGAGAUGUUUUUAUGCUUGUUAGUAAAGGCCCUUAUGCCCUGUGCUUGUGUUUAUAUGGAAUAUCACUGAUAAUUCUUACUAUAUAGAAGGUUUUAAAAGAAAAUAUCUAAUUUGGCUUCUUCACAAUUACAAUAAGGGUUGAUACAUGAUUAAAGUCAGCCUUUACAAGACAUUUUGUUGAAUAAAUGUCAGUGUUUAUUUAAAUUUAUUACCAUUUGCUUUUAGCUGCUACAUUCCAAUUACAACAAUAGUUACACAAGUCAGUUUUUCUCAUUGCUUAUGAUAACCACACAUUUUGCCUUUCUGUGUUUUGAAAGGUCUGAUAUGUACAUUCUUCUCAUAUUUUCAGGGAAAUGGUUUAAACCAGUAUUUGAUCAUUUUGAUGUGGACUUUGUUUGCAUUUUGGAUUUUUGCUGUGUGGUUAGGUUUUCAGUCUUUGAAGGAUUAAAGUAAUAUAUGACCACUU